AUGAAUAAUCUUAAAAAAAUCCUUAUAAUGUUGAAUUUUACACUACCAAGACACAAAAAGACUGAACCAACGUUAUUAUGGUGGACUAAAGAUGAUCCUUCAAUUCAAUAUUCUACUACUAAGUUAGAUUCACAACAACCACUUCCAGCAUUUAGGUUUGGUAUGUUUGUUCAAAAUGUAACAAUAGAUUGCGCUACCUUCAUGCCUAUUAAUGAUGAUGGUGGUGAUUUUCAUUUUAAGAAAGAAAAUUGUUCCAAUUUUGAAUUGGUUUUUGACAGUGGAAGUUUUAGAUAUUACAAAUUUACUCCUACUAAUAAUAGCAGUGCGUUGAUCCUUGAUUGGAAUUAUACUGGAAAUGCCACUAGUACUAUUGUAUUUGAUGGAGGCGAGUUAGAUGAUAUCAGAGAUAAUUAUCCAGGUCAAACUAACCUUCAAAAAUACAUAAGUUAUCUCCAUAGUAACCGAGUGUCUAUUCAAGAAAACAAGAAAAAUUAUUUUUCUAUUAAAUGGACUAGAAGAAAAUACUUAAUUCGUGAUUGGACAAAUUAUUUAGGUUUUCCUAAUCGUUAUGUUUCACUUCAUAUUGCAGAACCAAUAAUCUUAACACCUAGAACAAGUUAUUAUGAAAAUCAGACUACAGUAUAUAUUUCACAAUAUGAUGAUUUUGCAGAUAAUCCUUUUGAAACUGUUGAAACAGAAAAAAGAUCUGAAACUGUCUUGAACAAUAUUGGUCCACUUGGAGGUGCAAUUAGCUUACUGUUAGGAAUUUAUGCUAUUUUAUUUGGUGGAUCACUCCUGAGCCCUUGGGGAAUCUUUCAAAACUAUUGUUGCAAGUAUAAGUCAAGAUCAAAAAGAAAGCUUUUGAAAAAUUUGCCAGUGAUUCCUUUGACCGAAAAAAACCAAUUAUAUUAUGAAGAUCUAAAAAUUAUCUCUCUUAGACUCAAUUCUUUGGAAACAAUUCUAAGAGAGUAUAUUAUAAACGCAGAUUUCCUUGAUGAAUUGGAGACUGAAAAAAUUGAUAUUGGUAUUGAUGAGAGUAAUAGAUAA